GGCAAGUAGAGGAUUGUUGAGCAGAAUCGCAAGGAACGUACUGUCGAAAUUCUCCCUUUCUUCUGCCUUCGCGCUGACCCUGCGCUCCGGACAGUGAUUCGGAAGUCAUUUAUUUUGAAGUGGUUGAAAUCUCCUCCCUGAUCCCGUUUCCAAGCUAGCUAGAGGGGGCACGCGGCAAUUCAACGAAGAUUGACAUGCGUUGAGUAACAGCUUAAAUCUCUUCAUUUAGUCAGCUCAUUAAACUCGCGCAUCAUCAACUUUUUGCAUCCCAUUUUCCCCGAACUCAUCACAUUGAGAUUAACCCACGCAUCUUAAAGAGGAUCCAGUGGUCAUUCCGGAACUUGUUGAACACUCACUAAGGCUGGACCUCCGUUCCGCGAACACAGAGGGAAUCUCAAAAUUAGCACGGGCGCAAGGUGAAAAAUGAUGACUGACGGGACGCGAAUCUGAGACGGCUGUCACUCGUCACCCGGGCCGAGCAGGCGAUUCAUCAGCGUGUCAUAGGCUGUCUCUCAAGGCCCUGCACUCUCCGCCCCCUCUCCCGUUAUCGCCUCAGCAGCCGGGGACCUCUCGACCCGUCUGCCGAGACCGGAGAACUUUGGAGACAAGACGUAGCGCGGUCCUUAGCCAGAGCUAGCAGCCUCCCUAAAAAAAAAAAAGCAGCUGACACAGAGCUGGCAUGCCGGCACGGUUCCAAAGCUCUCCGCUCAACAGAAGUUGGAUUAUUUUAUAAGCUCGCCCCGGCUUCUCUCUCUCUCUUUUAUUCGGGGAGGGGGGUAACGCAUUCAUAGAGCCGUUUAAGAGAGGGCACACAAAGGAAGCAGCGAUGCGUCUGCCGGUGCUGUUGACACUGCAGGCCGUGUGGGCCAGCCUGUGUCACGCCAUGCAGCACUACCCGGCCGCCUGGGGACACUACGACGUCUGCAAGUCACAGGUCUACACCGAGGAAGGCCUGACCUGGGAUUACAUGGCUUGCCAGCCGGAGGCAGCCGAUAUGACCAAAUAUCUGAAAGUGACGCUCGACCCUCCCAACAUCACAUGCGGAGACCCGCCCGAGACCUAUUGCGCCUUGGAAAACCCUUACAUGUGCAAUAACGAGUGUGAUGCAAGUACAGAGGAGCUGGCACACCCCCCUGAGUUGAUGUUUGAUUUUGAAGGUCGAAAUCCAACUACGUUCUGGCAGUCGACGUCUUGGAGGAAGUACCCCAAGCCGCUGCUGGUUAACAUCACCCUGUCCUGGAACAAAACCAUAGAGCUGAUAGAUGACAUCGUAAUAACAUUUGAGUCCGGUCGCCCAGAGCAAAUGGUGCUAGAGAAAUCCCUGGACUACGGUCGAACUUGGCAGCCGUACCAGUUUUAUGCCACGGACUGCCUGGACGCUUUUAUCAUGGAGCCCAAGACGGUCAACGACCUCACCCAGCAGACUCUGCUGGACAUUAUCUGCACCGAGGACUACUCCAGGGGCUAUGUGUGGAAGUACGACAAAACGGUUCGCUUCGAGAUCAAAGACAGGUUCGCCCUUUUCGCCGGACCCCGGCUCCACAACAUGGCCUCUCUGUACGGGCAGCUGGACACCACAAAAAACUUGAGAGACUUCUUCACUAUCACUGACCUCAGAAUUCGGCUCCUCAGGCCUGCAACAGGAGCUACCAUGGUGGACGAGAACAACUUGUCCCGCUACUUCUAUGCCAUAUCUGACAUCAAGGUGCAAGGGAGGUGCAAGUGCAACCUUCACGCCAACAGCUGUGUCUUUGACAAAGAGAAACUGACAUGCGAGUGUGAGCACAACACAACAGGCCCCGACUGCGGGAGAUGCAAGAAGAAUUACCAGGGCCGAGCGUGGAGCGCGGGCUCCUACCUGCCGAUCCCGAAGGGGACCGCAAAUAUCUGUGAGUACCCUGUGUACACGUCACGUACACCUCUCUGUUCUUCUUUGCAAGAUUGCGAAUGCUUCGGCCACUCCAACCGGUGCAGCUACAUCGAGCUGCUAAACACGGUCAUUUGCGUGAGCUGUAAGCACAACACUAGAGGGCAGCACUGCCAGUUGUGCAAGCUUGGCUACUACAGAAACGUCUCAGCAGAGCUGAACGAUGAGAAUGUUUGCAUAGACUGUAAUUGUAAUCCCUUUGGCUCAGACAGUGAUCGCUGUAAUGGCACAGGAUUUUGUAAAUGUAAGAAGGGAACAACAGGGGCUAAGUGCCACGAGUGUCUUCCGGGAUAUUUGUGGGACAAUGGCUGCAAAUCACGGGUGUGUGACGACGAGCUGCUUCGCUGUCAGAACGGCGGCGUGUGCCACAACAACCUUCGGUGCCAGUGCCCCGCCGGCUUCACCGGACUGCUGUGCGAGAAGCCGCGCUGCGACAGCGAGGCUGGCGGCUGCCGGGACGCCGACUCGGGCCAGGCCGCCCUCCCCCUGCUGCCCACCCCCUUGCUGCUGCUCCCACCUCUCGCCCUCGUCCUUCUGUGGGGCGGCUGCUGGCCCGCGACGCUCUGAGGCCCGGAGAGAGAGAAAACUCCUCCAAAAACUACAGGCUUAACAAGCAGUCCACCCGAUCCAAGACAAAGGCUGUCAAUAAGGAAUGUGCCAGAAUGAAAGCAAAACUUUUAAUUUGAAACAAACCGAGAAAAAAAAAAAAAGAGAAACAAAUUAUUGAAAUGAAAAAUAAAUACAUAAAAAAACAGAUAUAUUUAAGGAAAUAACUGAACAUUUGCUUCAUAAUGCCGACAAAGUCAAUGGAAACCAGUGAACUAAGCCAUACCAGAUACCAUUCCCCAAGAGAGGACCGACUGCUUUUCCUCAACCUCGCCACGGCAACGGCAGCUGCGACAACUCAAUGGCGAUCACAAACAAUGCCAGCUGCAGACCCGCACACUGGUGCUUUUGAAUAAUAUGUUGGCUGGAUAGCUUUGGGCUAAUCUGACAUGGAGCAAUGUAGAACUGUCCAGUUUGUGUGGACCGACACUGAAACAAAAACUCAAGCAUUCUUUGCUGUCAGUGCAUUGUGGAUAUAAGGAAAUCCAUCCUGACUGGCACGUCUAACCUGCCAUAGUUCUUGCCCCACAUCUUUCUCCCCCUUGCCCCCCUCCC